AUGCAACAUUUUCCCCAGCCUCCUGACUAUUUGCAGUCGCCGUCUGCCGCAGAUUGUGACACAAUAAAUCGAGACGCAGCGAGCGAUACCACCAUGUCGGCCGACGGAAUGACAUUUCUGCAAAGAUGCCGCGCUUCACGACGUCUCGUGCUACUUAUUGUAGCUAUUGCAUUGCUUUUAGAUAACAUGUUACUCACAACUGUAGUGCCAAUCAUACCAGAAUUCCUUUAUGAUAUAAGGCAUCCCAAUGCAACUUUAGCGCAAAUAAAUGAUGCAGCAUCACCCGUAACUGUACCGCCCAUUACACAAUCUAACAACAAGUGCAUGACGCAAACUGCUAGCAACAACAAUGCUACCUUACCACCAUAUGACAAUACAACAAUGUCAACUGAAUCACCGCAAGAAAGACAACAACGGCAUGAAGAACUGGUUGGAGAAACUGUGGAAGUUGGUCUUAUGUUCGCAUCUAAAGCGUUUGUUCAGUUGAUUGUCAACCCUAUUGUCGGACCACUAACCCAUAAGAUUGGAUACAGCAUACCAAUGUUUAGUGGGUUUAUAAUUAUGUUUUUAUCAACUAUAAUUUUUGCAUUCGGAAGAAGUUAUUUUGUAUUAUUUCUUGCCCGUGCAUUGCAAGGAAUUGGUUCAUCUUGUUCUUCAGUUUCUGGAAUGGGAAUGCUCGCUGAACGCUAUACCGAUGACGAGGAACGUGGAAAUGCGAUGGGUAUUGCGUUAGGCGGGCUAGCUUUAGGAGUACUCAUAGGGCCACCGUUUGGAGGUGUUAUGUACGAAUUUGUUGGUAAAAGCGCCCCGUUCUUAGUUCUUGCUGCUCUGGCACUUGGCGAUGGAUUGUUGCAGUUAUUUAUGCUACAACCAAGUGUGGUACGCCAGGAAAGUGAUCCUCCAACAUUGAAAAGCUUAAUAUCAGAUCCGUAUAUCUUAAUUGCAGCAGGUUCCAUAACAUUUGCUAAUAUGGGCAUCGCGAUGCUUGAACCUUCAUUGCCAAUAUGGAUGAUGGAUAAUAUGGAGGCGAGUCGAUGGGAACAAGGUGUUGCAUUUCUCCCAGCAAGUAUAUCUUAUUUGAUAGGAACUAAUUUAUUUGGUCCUCUGGGUCAUCGUAUGGGUAGAUGGCUUGCCGCUUUGCUGGGACUUUUAAUUAUUGGAGUGUGCCUCAUUUGUAUUCCAAUGGCUUCUUCUAUAAAUCAUCUUAUAGUACCAAAUGCUGGCUUAGGCUUUGCCAUCGGAAUGGUUGAUUCAUCAAUGAUGCCAGAACUUGGAUAUUUAGUAGAUAUCAGGCAUAGUGCAGUUUAUGGCAGUGUUUAUGCUCUUGGUGAUGUGGCAUUUUGCCUUGGCUUUGCCAUUGGACCAGCCAUGAGUGGUACUUUGGUGAAUACGAUCGGUUUCGAAUGGAUGCUUGUUGGUAUCGCAAUACUGUGCUUCCUCUAUGCGCCAUUGCUGUAUUUACUGAAAGCUCCACCGACAAAAGAAGAGAAAAAGCAAUUGAUGGGAGACAGAGCUUCAGUCAGGUACGUAUCUUACCACAACGAAGAAAACGAUGAAUAA